CUCUCCUCCUGUGCGCGCUCACCGUUGCACAGUAUCCAUCCAUAACCAACCAUAAGAGCGCAGCGCAACAGGAUCAGUACGGGUUGCGCUAGCUUAUUAGGCAAGCGAGGGAGUAGUAGGCAGGCACUGUGCAGGAGGUGAUCCAUGGCAAGCACGGUGGAGUCGCCGACGAGCUCGUGCGUGUCGUCGGACACGGAGGAGGAGGCCGCGGCGGUGACGAAGCCGAUGGUGGUGGUGGGGUGCCCGCAGUGCCUCAUGUACGUGAUGCUGUCGGGGGCGGCCGAGGAGCAGCCCAGGUGCCCCCGGUGCAAGAGCCCCGUGCUGCUGCACUUCCUCCACGGCGCCGCCGCCGACGUCGCCAGCACCAACAGGCAGCAGCCCAGCAAGAGCUAGCCAGCCAAGAUGCCGCUGCUUGGUCUCUGCGUGCUGCCUGCUGAUCAACCGCUAACUUCUCCUGCCAUCGAUCUCCACCAUGUUCUAACUCGUGUAUUCUGAUGCACUCUGUAUUCUUUUUCCAUUUUCGUCGACGAUAAAUCUUUUACAGCCUGGUGCAAUUGGUUCGGUUUUACUGUCUGUUAGCAGUGGCUGUCCUUCUCCAACAACCUUUAGAUGUACUGUAUGCACGUGUUCUGCACCGUGAAGGUCGAUGUCUGUUUUAAUCCCCUCCUUAAUUUUGGUUUGAAUAAGAUGAGAUUUCAUUAAGAAAGUCGUUUGCAA